GGAAGUUCCGGUGGCGGAGCGCUGGACCGAGCCCGAGCGGAUCGCGGGCUCGGGCUGCGGGCGCAGGGCGGGCUGGGCGCGGAGCCUGGGAGCGGAGCCCAGGCGGUGCCGUGCGGCGCCAUGAAGGGCAAGGAGGAGAAGGAGGGCGGCGCACGGCUGGGCGCCGGCGGCGGCAGCCCCGAGAAGAGCCCGAGCGCACAGGAGCUCAAGGAGCAGGGCAACCGGCUCUUCGUGGGCCGCAAGUACCCGGAGGCAGCGGCCUGCUACGGCCGCGCCAUCACCCGGAACCCCUUGGUGGCCGUGUAUUACACCAACCGGGCGCUGUGCUACCUGAAGAUGCAGCAGCACGAGCAAGCCCUGGCUGACUGUCGGCGCGCCCUGGAGCUGGACGGGCAGUCUGUGAAGGCACACUUCUUCCUGGGGCAAUGCCAGCUGGAGAUGGAAAGCUAUGAUGAGGCUAUUGCCAACCUGCAGCGAGCCUACAACCUGGCCAAGGAGCAGCGGCUCAACUUUGGGGAUGACAUCCCCAGUGCUCUGCGCAUCGCAAAGAAGAAGCGCUGGAACAGCAUCGAGGAGCGACGCAUCCACCAGGAAAAUGAGUUGCACUCUUACCUCACACGGCUCAUUGUGGCUGAGCGUGAGAGGGAACUGGAAGAGUGUCAGCGGAACCACGAGGGUGACGAGGACGACAGCCACGUACGGGCCCAGCAGGCCUGCAUUGAGGCCAAGCAUGUGAGGGUGCCCCAGCCCGAGUGCGGGUCCUGUGUGUGCGCGCGCUGUGAUGUGAGGCGCCCUGGCUCCUGCUGGGUCUGUGUGUCUCGGUGUCUGGGGAGGGGAGAGGGGUGUCAGGCCCACAAGUGGCUGCUUGGUUCUUUGCAGGACAAGUACUUGGCAGACAUGGACGAGCUCUUCUCCCAGGUAGACGAGAAGAGAAAGAAGCGAGACAUCCCUGACUACCUGUGCGGCAAGAUCAGCUUUGAGCUGAUGCGGGAGCCCUGCAUCACGCCCAGUGGCAUCACGUACGACCGUAAGGACAUCGAGGAGCACCUGCAGCGCGUGGGCCAUUUUGACCCUGUGACUCGGAGCCCCCUGACCCAGGAACAGCUCAUCCCCAACCUGGCCAUGAAAGAGGUCAUCGAUGCCUUCAUCUCUGAGAAUGGCUGGGUAGAGGAUUACUGAGCAGGGUGGGUGUAUGGGCCACCCACCUGCCUUGCCCGGUACCCUAGCUCAGGAGGGCCUUGGGGCAGUAGCCCCUAGUUUUCUGUAUAUAGUUUGUGUCCCUGGAUCCCUACCCUGGUGUCCCCAACCCCACCCCCAUCAGUUCUGCUGGGCAACGCGCCUCUCAUCCUCCUUCUGGGCCGGAAAGGGGGGGUGAGGCUGGGCUGGGCUGAGGCUGCUGCCACCACCUCUGUCCCUGUAAUAAAACCUGUGAGUACUGCA